GCUCUGUAGCAGCAGCAUCAGUACCGGAGCGAGUGAACGGAGCCGCACCGUUACCGACGACCUGGGGAAAAAACUCAGCAAAACCUCCCACACCGGCUGUCGGGGGCGCCAGCAUGGACGAACAGAAGGAAUCCCUCCAGAAGAUCGUCACCACCUUGGCCCUAAAAAAUGAGGAGAUCCAGAACUUCAUUUGCUGCUUGAAGCAGAGUCUGCAGAACUUAGAGGCGAACUCCACGCGAGUCCAGGAGGAUCUGGAGUCCGAGUUCAGUUCUUUGCAUGCUGUCCUGGACGAGCUGAAGGAGGGCAUGGUGACCCGAAUCAAACAGGAGAGGGCCACCCGCACGUAUGAACUGCAGAAUCAGCUGAGUGCCUGCACCAAAGCCCUGGAGAGUUCAGAGGAGCUGCUGGAACUGGCCAAUCAGACGCUCUGCUCGAAUGAGACUGACGGCUUUACUCAGGCGGCCAAAGACAUAAAGGAUAGUGUUACCAUGGCGCCAGCCUUUCGGCUCUCUCUAAAGGCUAAAGCCAGUGACAGCAUGAGUCAUUUGAUGGUGGACUUCACUCAGGAGAGGCAGAUGCUGCAGGCCAUCAAAUUCCUCCCAGUUCCUGCUACUCCAGAGAUCCAGGUGUCCGAGUGUCAGGUUUGUGAUAACUCUGUCACUGUGGUGUGGACGCUACCAGAACCCGACUCUAAAAUCGACCACUAUGACCUUGAGUACCGGCGGACCAACCACGAGGGACCGCCCAGAGCCCGAGAAGAUUACCCCUGGAUGGUGGUGGAGGGAAUUAAAGAGACAGAGUACACGCUGAGAGGUCUUCGGUUUGACACGCGCUACAUGACCUUCCGGGUGAAGGCGUGUAACAAGGCUGUGGCUGGAGAGUUCUCUGAGCCGGUUACUCUGGAAACACACGCUUUUGUUUUCAAGCUGGAUGCAGGUUCAGCCCACCAGAACCUGAAGGUGGAGGAUUUGGUCGUGGAGUGGGACAGCAGUGGAGGAAAGGUUCCGGUUCAAGACAUCCGCAAAGACAAGAACAGAACCAGCUCCCCCAUGCACUCACCUGCCAGGACGGCUAUGAUGUCUCCGAAGAGAGCGCCAUCUGCUCGGGUGGGUCGCGAUCGCUUCACAGCAGAGUCCUACACCGUUCUGGCUGACACUAUGAUAGACGCAGGACAGCAGUACUGGGAGGUGAGGUUUGAUAAGGAGAGUAAAACCUUCGCCGCUGGCGUAGCGCUGCGCUCUCUGGGCCGAUUUGACCAGCUGGGGAAGACCAGUGCGUCCUGGUGCAUCCACCUGAACAACUGGCUCCAGCAGAGCCUCACAGCCAAGCACAACAACAAGGCCCGCACACUAGACUGCCCCAUCCCUGACCGCAUCGGCAUCUACUGCAACUACGACGAGGGCACUCUGUCGUUCUACAACGCCAGAACCAAAACACUCAUGCACACUUUUAGGACCAAGUUCCAGCAGCCGGUCAUUCCAGCCUUCAUGGUGUGGAACGGGAGCUUCUCUGUGCAGACAGGGCUGCAGGUGCCCAGCAUCGUCCAGUGCGGGCAGAAAAGGCACAGCAACACGAGCAGCUCCAACGCCAGCCUCACCUAAACCUCCACCAGUCCAGCCUCUGCCAGACCCCUACACCGCUGUAGAACUGUGGCCUGGAGCUCAGGCUUUUAGCAGCUGAAGUGACCAGUGGCCUGAACUGGAACAAGCCUGGUAGUCCAUCCCACCCACAAUGCAUCUGGCCUGGUGAGAGAGCUGUGGCAGCCUGCAGCUCAGCUCCCUGUGCCUUUAGCUUUCUGACUCCAGCCAUGGACAAGCGUGCUUCACAAACAGCCAGUGAGUUGCUUGAAUCACCGCAGGCCAAAUCGUGGCACUGCAUUCUCCUGAGUUUUUCUUUUUAUUCCAGCUCCCGACAAGUUGGAAUUUAGGAACUUCACCUCAAAAGUGUCAUGAUUUCAUUAGGGAUGGGUGUGGUUAUUCGAAUAUACAGUUAUGCCAACUUUGGCUCGUCUCUGUUUACUUAAUCAGGUAUUUAAAUAGUUAACUAUUAAUCUUGUCUGUGUUUUUGACUGAGUGUGUGAGAAUGUGGCGACUCAAGCAGCUGAUAUUGCGUCUUGCGCUAAGCCAAAUAGACACAUCUAAGCAGAGCUAACAUGACGAAACAUGACAGAUUUGUGCUGUUACAUAACGAUCCAUGGGGGGUAAAUUAUGGCCCAAUCCCAUUUCACCCCUCGCCCCUACCUCUUAGCCCUUACGCCUCCGUUUUGCCCAUUCACGACUAGGGGUAGGGGGUCCCAAUUCUUGUUGAGAUAGAGGGGUAGGGUGAAGUGUUGGGCUACAUGGCCCCCCAAACGGAGGUUUUUCAGAGACUCUAAACAGAGAGUUAUGUGAAAAAAAGAGAAACUGGCAUGAUGGCUGAACAGGAGAGCAAAGAAACCCACAACAUAACCACUGUUUUAUCUUAGUUUAUGUUGUUUCAAUGUAUUAUGGACGUUUUCUUCAUAAUAAGCUUAAUAAAUUGCCAGUGGUUUGCUGAUGUUUUGGUAGCUAGCUAAUUUUCUGUUCCACCUUAAAUGCUUCUGACGUCAAAGGCACCAGAAUGUAACUGCUGCACCAUUUAA